UUUUCUAGCAGAUGAUUUCCAGCUCUUUUCAAGUCGAAGAGAGGUUUGCUUGUAAUUGUUGGACAGUGGUUGUUUGUUCGGUCACCGUUGUUGUAACGUUGUGCACGGUUGAAGGUGGUGGCGCUGGAGGAGGUGGCUCCGAUUCAGAUGGAGGAGGCGACUGCUGUCCAUCAGUCCGACUAGUCCACUGCGAGGAACAAGGCAGGCAGGAAACGAAUAACCUCACCAGCCUCCGUCUGUCCUGGCGAAGCUCGGCAAUCUCCGCUUGCAUGCCUCCGCCGAAGCGGGGGACUCCAAGUCCUGUGCACCCUCCAAACCAUCACCACGAAGAAGAAGCAACGAGGCGGGAGAGACCGAGCGACCUGAUGUCCACAAGCCUUCCAAGCAGGUCUUAGAACGAACAAAGCCGCGACCAUCAGUUUCAACUCUCGCUCUCACCGGCAGAAUCCAAGCACGAAAAGCCUGUGCAACGCCAGUCCCUCGAGGUACCCCCAAAUAGCGGCCGCCACUCUCACCAUUCUUCGUUUUUUUUUUCCUUGUUAUACUUCAACUGGUUCUAGCGACUCUGGUAGUUGCGAACUUCACGGCCAAUCUCCACCGUCGACAGCGAAUAUGCAAAGUAAGACAAUUUACGAGGCCUUGCACCCCCUUGCGCGGACUCCGGAAGUUUGCUAUGAAAACGGAGACGUUGAAGAAGCCGGGUGGGAGGCUAUGUGGACUUGGCUCGCGGUUAACUUCGAAAGGGGGCAAUUUGAUUUUUCGCAGCGUUUUAAUCAUAGAUAUCACUUCCUCCAUAGUUUUGGUUACAUUCAUUCAUUCAUUCAUGCACCUUAUACCAUGCUAUGAACUUGAAUUGAGUCGAUUCAAUCGAGAAAGA